GUCCGGUUAAGCGGCCCAUUUCGCACCGAUCUUUCUCCACGUUUUCUCCAAACGACGUUAAGAAUCUGGGAGUUUGCAGAUUGAUACUGCUAAAAUGGUUGUCAUACUAGUUGUUAUUUUGUGGUUCGCAAUUGCCGAAGCUUCUCAAUGCUCAAUUAAUGGAUUACCACUCGUGAAGAAUAUUAGCGAGCUUCCACAACACAAUUACGGGAGGUCCGGUUUAUCUCACACUACAAUUGCAGGUUCAGUCUUGCACGGCAUGAAAGAGAUAGAGGUGUGGCUUCAAACAUUUGCACCUGGAUCUCGCACACCAAUCCACAGGCACUCAUGUGAAGAAGUUUUUAUCGUCUUGAAGGGUGAAGGCACUCUCUAUCUUGCUCCUAGUUCACAUUCAAAGUACCCAGGGAACCCGCAGGAGUUCCAUAUAUUCCCUAAUAGCACUUUCCAUAUCCCUGUUAAUGAUGUUCACCAGGUAGGGAACACUGGCGAACAUGAAGAUCUACAAGUUUUAGUUGUUAUAUCUCGUCCCCCAGUGAAAGUGUUUACAUACGAUGACUGGUCGAUGCCACACACAGCUUCCAAAUUGAAGUUCCCGUAUUACUGGGAUGAGGAAUGUUAUCAGACAACAACAAGGAAAGAUGAGCUUUAGCCAGAAAUGUAGACAAUUGCAGUUAACCACAUAAGCAUGGCGUUUGAUAUGUUUCAGUGUAUUACACCUUACUUGGCAAACGAGUACAUUGACUAACCCAACAGCAUUGUAACUGGUUCGAGUGGAACUUAUUGACAUGCUUUUGCAGGUUUUACAGCACGCAUACAUGGGACAAAUGUAUUAUCCAGUCGCCGCAUCGAAAUAGCUUAAUUUUUAUUAGCCAUUAGUACAUGAUUUCUUACACGUAUAAUAGAUUAAUUCAGAAACAUGAUUACAUGUGGUUUCCCGGUUGCUGUUAUUGCAUUUUGAGUCUGGUGGGAGAUCAUUCUUAGACUCUGUAAUGACGGUCACUGCUCUAUACUCCAUCAUCCUGUGAAUAUCAGAUUAUCCAUCGACUUUGAAUAAGUAGACCAUCCAUAAUGUGUUCUUUUUGUCUUUC